GCAUGUGAACCUAAUGUCAAAUAUGGUCCAAACUGUACCAAGAUGUGUAAUGCUCGUAAAUGUGCUGAAACAUCCUCAUCCUGCGACAUGGAUGGCACCUGUAUUGGAGGAUGCUAAGCUGGUUGGAAGAAUUUGGACUGUACUGAAGAUGUGAUCGAAUGUACAGAAUCGAACCCAUGUGAUAAGAACGCUGUUUGCAAAAACACGAUUGGAUCAUAUUCAUGCAAAUGCCAAACUGGAUAUUCUGGAAAUGGACACACGUGUAAAGAUGUGAACGAAUGCUUAGGACAGAAUUCAUGUCACACGGAUGCUCGCUGCGAAAACACAGAUGGAUCAUAUACAUGCACCUGCCGAAGUGGAUAUUAUGGAAACGGACAAUCGUGUGCAGACAAGAAUGAAUGUCAGAAUGGAGAGAGUACGUGCACCACAAAUGCUGACUGCAUGAAUACACCUGGAUCGUACAUGUGCACUUGUCGAGAUGGAUAUACUGGAGAUGGACACACGUGCAUAGCCUGUCAGCAGAACAUGUAUGGUCCUAACUGUACAAAGCUGUGCUCAGAACGUAAAUGUAAGUUCAGCAAUUCCUCCUGUGAUGUCAAGGCAGGUGCUUGUGAUGCCGGAUGUCAAAAUGGAUGGACUGGAUCGGACUGUACAAAAGACAUAAAUGAGUGUCUUGGAUCGAACAUGUGUGGCACCCAUGCGCUUUGCGACAACACCGAGGGGUCAUAUAUAUGUACAUGCCAAACUGGAUUUUCUGGAAAUGGACACAAUUGUAACGAUGUAAACGAGUGUGUCGAACAGAAUCCAUGUGACAUGAACGCUGAUUGCAACAACACUGUCGGAUCAUAUACCUGUGCUUGUCGACAUGGUUAUUCUGGAGACGGCAAAGACUGUGCAGAUGUGGACGAGUGUAGUGGUCAGAACCUGUGUGAUAAGAAUGCCAGUUGUACAAAUACAGACGGGUCGUAUACAUGUGAAUGUCGACAUGGAUAUUCGGGAGAUGGAAACACAUGUGAAGAUAUCGACGAGUGUCUUAUACAGACAAUGUGUGAUACCAAUGCGCAUUGCAACAAUACAGAUGGAUCAUACACGUGUACCUGCCUUCAUGGAUAUUCUGAAGAUGAAAAAACAUGUGCAGCGGCUGAUACGGGUGAACCUGAUUUGACUGGCACGAUUGCUGCAGUUGCUGCAGGGAUUGCUGUGCUAAUCAUUUUGAUUGUAAUAAUCGCAGUCGUUGUAAUAAGACGAAGACGACUGGCAAAGCACGAGGAUGACGGACAUAAAGAAGGAACAGACAUCAGUGUCCCUAAAUCGAAGAAAGAAAUCAAAUUGGACAACGUCUACGCCAAUGUAGGCGAUCAGCCACGACCUUCGCCAGAGGGAACUGAAAUGACAGUGGAAAAGAAAGCCACGCGGAAAACUGAUUCCAUUAUAGAAGAGGUGGACGAACAGGACAACAUGGGGGCAGAUGGGUCAGAGUACUACAACAUUUCUGACUUCAUCCUGCCAGAGGGUGGAGUGGUGGUCAGCGAACUGCCUCGCAUUAUUGAGAACAUCAGAAACCAACCUGGUGGUUUUGAAACAGAAUACAAGAAAUUGCUGGAUGGAUUUUCUUCUUCGUAUGACGAAUCGCAGAUCCUAGAAAACAAGACAAAGAACCGAUAUGUGGGCUAUUAUCCAUGUAAGUGCAUACGAUACCAGAAUAUUUGCUGGUAG